AUGGGUAAUCAUCAUUCAGUCAAACGUGAAUGUUUACACGAAGCCAUUCGACGAAAAGAUGUGAAAAAAAUCAAACAAAUCGUCUAUAAUAGUGACAGUGACUUCAUCAAAAACGAUUUUAAAUCUCUCGAACUUGCAACACUUUACAAUCUUACCGAAGUCGUUGAACUUUUACUCAGUCGUGGUUGCGUACCAAGAGAUAAACGAACAGCACGUGCAUUCGAUCUUGCUGUUUGGAAAUGUCACAAGGACAUAGCGACGAUGUUUUUGAAAGCUGGUAUUGAAUAUCGAGGAAGAAAUCAGUUCAAUGAAACCAUCUUAUUCGUCUCUGCUUGUGGAAAUAAUUCAACUUUAACCGAAAUUCUCAUCGAAGGCGGUUGUGAUCUGAAUGAAUGCACUCGCAGUUGGACAGCGUUGCAUGUCGCUGCAGCCAGAAAUCACGACGAAGUCUUACGAGUACUCGUUAAACAUGGAUGUGAUCUAAAUAUACGCGAUCGAGAUGGUUUCAAUGCCUUGAUGUUGGCGAUAUUGAACGAAAAUUUAAGAAAUAUCAAAUUUCUUGUUCAAUGUGGCUGUUCUAUUAACAUUGAAGAACUCUAUUCGACGCCGUGUCUUGCUAAACAAUUGACGAAAUACCCUGAAAUUGAACGUAUUCUUUGGAAUGAACGUACCCGUGCUAAAAAUCUCAAAGAACUAUGUCGUCUUCGAAUACGUUCAGCCUUAGGUCAACGUUCAUGGAAGAAAACGUCUUUAUUACCACUACCAACUCGUUUGAAAGAUUAUAUCGCAUUGAAAGAACUGUUCUCAUCAUGUGAAGAUCAACAACAAAUGACAUUAAGUCGAUUACCACGCACGAAUCUUCAAGCAAUUCAAUCAUAA